AUGGGUGCGACGGGGCAACUCUCGCCUUCGCCUUACCCCUCCCGCCCCGAGUCCCCACACGCGCUUGCGCCUGGCGCGCGCUGCCUCAGUCAAAACCACUCCCACUUCACCCACCACACCACCACCACCCCGCCAGCCAACACCCAGCGACCCAGCGACCAAGCGCGCACGGGCGACCCACCACCCACCGGGUUGGCUCGCCAGCUCGGCCACCCACGUCCUACCUUCACAACACUGACUCCUGUCACUUUCUUUAUGCACAGCCUUCUGAAAGGACAAGGCCCACACAGCAGGCCCAGAACAAGACCAAGCCGCAAGCCAAGAAGAAGCGCGCCGGUCUGUUCGCCUGCUUUGGCUGUGGUGCCGCCAGCGCUUUCGACGACGACGACGAGCACUACAACAAGGGCGCCAACCGUCGCUCCAACGCGCCACGGACAUCGACACGGCCGAAUCAAACCACUCGACCGACCCCAACCACAUCGUCGUCCGCGACCCCGAUCGACUCCUCCGAAAAGGACAAGGAUGGUUCGAAUGCACCGGCCCCACUCAUGUUGAAUGAGAAGGCGGAGCUGCCGAGCUCCCACGUCGCUGCCACCGGCGCUGGAGUCGCCGUCGUAGGCGGGACAUCUUUCGCCGGCAUCGCUGCUCUGGGUGGUCCCAGUAAAGACUCGUCGACGGCCACAUCAACCGCGGUCAACACCGUUUCGACCGAGCCUUCGACCCCGGCUCCGGCCGGCGCAGCUGACGACUCGCAAGAUGCGGCUCUCGCCCUUGCGCCGCCCACUUCGUCCCCGUCACCGCAAGGCGUCACUUUACCCCCCGAUGAGACAGAAGGGGUUCUCUCGGGUGCCGUCAUGGCCCCGGGCAAGGACAUCACCCCGACGCCGACCAAGGCCAGCGCAGGCGGAGGAGGAGGUCGAAGGAGACGGAAGGGCGCCGCACCGGCGAGCGAGAGCAUCAUCACCCAAGUGCCAGAACCGGGGCAACCACGGCCGACGAUGCUCGUCCAGUCGACCGACUCGGACGAUGAUUUGGACGAGUCGGAUGAGGACUAUGAGGAUGAUAUCGAGGAAGAGGACGAGGAGCAGAGCCUGAUAGCCCGAGGUGGGGUCGGUAUUCCGAUCGGAGAGGUGAGGCAAAUCGAAAUUGCGUAUGACGCGGACUGCAGAUUGCUGUAUGCGAGUUGCUGACUGUGAGAUCGUUGUUCUGUUUGGACAGGACGGCCUCCCACACCCGCUAUUGGACCCGCUGGCCGAAGACCUCAAGGGGCGGAAAUGCUUGGUGCUCGAUCUGGAUGAAACACUCGUUCAUUCGUCCUUCAAGGUGGGUGAAACGUCGAGGGUUGAUAAUUGACCGGCAUACAGUCAACUGAUGGUGCAGCAUAACUUUUAUAGAUGGUUCACCAAGCUGAUUACGUCGUCCCCGUCGAGAUCGAGAACCAAUAUCAUAACGUUUACGUCAUCAAACGGCCAGGAGUCGACGGUGAGUACUGGCGAUGAAGUAUUCCAUGGACCAGGGUGCUGAAACUGCUGGCGCUCGUUCUUCGAUCGAAUAGCGUUUCUCAAAGCUAUGGGCGAAAUCUACGAAAUCGUCAUCUUUACCGCGUCGCUGUCGAAAUACGCCGACCCUGUUUUGGAUCAGCUCGAUAUUCAUCGGGUAGUGCAACACCGGCUGUUCCGAGAGAGCUGCUACAACAACAAAGGCAACUAUGUCAAGGUCGGUGGCUGCCGCUCUGCUAUGCACUUAUUGGACGGACUGCCACGUACUGAUGCGCAACCUGGCUUGAUGGGGCACCUUUCACUAGGAUCUCUCGCAGCUCGGGCGGCCGAUGAGCGAAUGCAUCAUCAUCGACAACUCACCUGCAUCUUAUGUCUUCCACGUCAACAACGCCGUACCCAUAUCUUCCUGGUUCAAUGACCCGUAAGCCCGGAGACCGAAAUUUCUAAUUAUUUUGCGGGCGUGACUGAUCAGUGCGAGCUGCCCGUUCAACACAGACAUGACACCGAGUUGACAGACCUCGUGCCCUUCCUGACCGACCUCGGCCAAGUAGACGACAUCCGAUCCGUUCUAGACGCAGGACUAUACCACCACUUGCAGUCGUCGACCGAGGGUGAAUCUUUUGCACUUGCGUGA